AUGUCGGCUAAUCAGUUGAAUCAGUUUACAAUUCGAGAAGUCGUAGAUCACCAGUUCCAUCCGGUGGGAAGCGCCGACGACGAGAACGAUACGGCGUCCGAUGAGGAACAGGUGCCCGUCAUGUACCAAUACGAAAUGGUCAGCCCAUCGAUGAGGACCGUGAAAAGGCGCGGCCACCUGCCCAAAGACGCCGUCAAGAUACUGAAAACCUGGCUGUACGAUCACCGGUUCAACGCCUACCCGACCGAAAUCGAGAAGCACAUUCUAUCGCAAGAAACGAAUCUCACCGUAUUGCAAAUCAGCAAUUGGUUCAUCAACGCCCGCAGGAGAUACCUGCCGGAGAUGAUGAGGCGCGAAGGUUACGAUUCGGUGCAGUACACGAUCACGCGACGCCGGCGCGCCUCCUCGUCGCCGAGGAACUCGAUGGAACUGGGCACCCCCACCAUCGGAGGCAUCUACUACAAGAAGGGCAAGAAGAUGAUGCGCUUCGAUCGCGUCGACAGCGACACCGAAUACGAAGUGGACACCAACGGAUUCGUCGAGGCCCAAACGCAACACGUCAACAUAACCACCCCGACGGGCAGCAGGAAAUUCAACCCGUGGAACGCCGACGUGCAUUACGGUCUGACCGUUAACUCGGCCGAUAAAAUCAAAUCGGAGAACGUACAAUUCAUAACGCCUCAAAGCAACAGCCAAACGACGGCGAGCAGUACGAGCAGCACGAGCAGCCCGUUCCCUUCGAACUUGGUGGUGGUGAAGACGGCUUCGGGUAAGAACAUCGUGCUGAAGGUGAUCUCGCAAACGACGGACAUACCGAAGCAGUACUUGCUGAAGACGAAGAAGCAAGCGCCGAUGGUGGAGGUGGUGAAAGAAGUGGCCGCCGACGACGAGCAAGGGACCAUGGAGGAGCAGGAGAUCGAAGAGGAAGGGACGAUUAUCGAAGAGGAAAUCGUGCCGGAUUACGACGAGAGCGCCGAUGGUAUGGUGGAAACCGAGAUGGUUACUGUAGAUGAGGAUGGCGAAGAGGUGUAUGUACCUGAAGAGGAAGUUGAGGAGGUUUUCGUCAAUGAGGUAACCUUAGAAGAAGAUUGUAAUGAGGUGACUAUCGAAGAAAACGUAAAUGAAGUAAUGGUGGAAGAGGAUGAGGGUGAAGAAGUGGUCGAAGAAGUUGAGGACGGUCAGGUAGUUAUUAAAACUGAGAACUAA